AUGAUCGACGUCCCCAAUGCGGCCUCCACCGAUGCCGGCAACCAGCAGCUGAUGGCACCGUGGGCCUACAACGGCGCCGCUGUGACCCUGUUCGUCAUAGGAUUUCUCGGAUUUUUCCUCAACAUCUUCGUGAUCGCACUCAUGUACAAGGAUGUCAAGCUGUGGACCCCGAUGAACAUCAUUCUCUUCAACCUGGUGUGUUCCGACUUUUCCGUUUCCAUCAUCGGCAACCCGCUCACGCUGACGUCCGCCAUCUCGCACCGCUGGCUGUACGGGAAAACCGUGUGCGUGGCGUACGGAUUUUUCAUGUCCCUGCUAGGUAUCGCGUCCAUCACCACACUGACCGUGCUGUCGUACGAAAGGUUCUGUCUGAUCAGCCGCCCAUUCACCGCCCAACACCGGUCAAAGCAAGGAGCCUGCAUGGUCGUGGUGUUUAUAUGGAGUUACUCGUUUGCGCUCACUUCACCACCACUGUUCGGAUGGGGUGCAUACGUCAACGAAGCAGCCAACAUCAGCUGCUCCGUCAAUUGGGAAUCGCAAACAACGAACGCUACGAGCUACAUCAUAUUUCUCUUCAUUUUUGGCCUAGUACUGCCACUCGUGGUGAUCAUCUACAGCUAUGCCAACAUAAUUAUGGGCAUGCGAAAGAAUUCGGCCCGCGUAGGGCAAGUGAAUCGAGCUGAACGGCGUGUCACCUCGAUGGUAGCAGUGAUGAUCGUAGCGUUCAUGAUCGCCUGGACGCCUUAUGCCGUGUUUGCGCUGAUCGAACAGUUUGGUCCACCUGAGCUGAUUGGGCCCGGAUUGGCCGUACUUCCGGCGCUGAUCGCCAAGUCCAGUAUCUGUUACAACCCGAUCAUUUACGUCGGCAUGAACACGCAGUUCCGGGACGCUUUUCGGCGUGUCCGACGCGUGGAUGGUGUGGCCGGUCAGCCAGAGAGCAACAACACGAACAGCCAGGAUAAGGCUGCGAAAAGCACCACCGAGGACGUGAUGGAGUGCAACUUGGACUUCUGCCGCUGGACGGUUCGCAGCGCUAAGGUUAGCUUGGCGCGAUCGCAGGAGCGCUCGUGUAAAGCGUGUUGCAGCCCAACAGGGGCCGAAAUGCGUAUGUCGCCGCUUGGUGCAGGGGCGCUCAACUAUCGGUGUUCAAGCUGCAACAAUGCUUCGGCUGCGGAACGGAGCCCAGUGGACGGGCAAAAUGGGCGCGCUGGUAGCGCCCUGUUCGCUCACCAGGAUUCGGAAUUGACUGUGAUUCAGGAUGGUAAACUACUCGUUAAUAAGUCGCAUAUACCUCGAACGAACAUGCUGUAGUCUGUGCACCGUUUUUAUAUCGUAUCUAACAACCGAUCAACAACAGCACGAAAUCAACGUUUGUGACGCACUGACACAACUUCGAAAGCUUUACCAGAUGGCGUGUACACUAACGGCAGGGAGCCCGAAAUAUAGUACUUCAUAUUUUGGGAAGAGUUUCACGUUUCGUCUUCUGUUGGGAAAUUAACUGUACGCCGCGUACAAAAAUACGCCCUUCGUUCAUUGAAAGAAUGAGCCUACUUUCGAUGAACGAUGGUCCAAAUUUGUCAAUGGCAACGUUUCACAAAACGUAUCCUAACGCCGUUUAGCUUCGUUCAUUUUUUACAGGCAUUCUCCGGGAGCGUGUACAUUAAUAAUAUCGAAAACUGGAAAUAUAGAGCUUUUCACAUUAAUAAGUACAAAAUUUAUGUUCACGAAUGUUAAGACUGUCGAGUAAAGGGAAUCCAUUACAUUAGAAUAGCAUUUCUGGCACUGUACAAA